AUGGAAACACAAACUCCAGGAGGAAGCAACAUAUGCAUCAGGAAACACCAACACAAGAGUCAGGAAACACCAACACAAGAGUCAGGAAACACCAACACAAGAGUCAGGAAACACCAACACAAGAGUCAGGAAACACCAACACAAGAGUCAGGAAACACCAACACAAGAGUCAGGAAACACCAACACAAGAGUCAGGAAACACCAACACAAGAGUCAGGAAACACCAACACAAGAGUCAGGAAACACCAACACAAGAGUCAGGAAACACCAGGCAAGCCAGACAGCCACAACAGAGAGCCAGGAACACCAACCAGGCAGCCACAACACAAAAGCCAGGCAGCCACAACACAAGAGCCAGAAUGCCACAACACAAGAGCCAGGCAGCCACAACACAAGAGCCAGGCAGCAACAACACAAGAGCCAGAAAGCCACAACACAAGAGCCAGACAGCCACAACACAAGAGCCAGGCAGCCACAACACAAGAGCCAGGCAGCCACAACACAAGAGCCAGGCAGACAACAACACAAGAGCCAGACAGCCACAACACAAGAGCCAGAAGCACAACACAAGAGCAGGCAACAACAACACAAGAGCCAGGCAGCCACAACACAAGAGCCAGAAUGCCACAACACAAGAGCCAGGCAGCCACAACACAAGAGCCAGGCAGCAACAACACAAGAGCCAGGCAGCCACAACACAAGAGCCAGGCAGCCACAACACAAGAGCCAGGCAGCCACAACACAAGAGCCAGGCAGCCACAACACAAGAGCCAGGCAGCCACAACACAAGAGCCAGCAGCACAACACAAGAGCCAGGCAGCCACAACACAAGAGCCAGGCAGCCACAACACAAGAGCCAGGCAGCCACAACACAAGAGCCAGGCAGCAGAGCCAGGCAGCCACAACACAAGAGCCAGGCAGCCACAACACAAGAGCCAGGCAGCCACAACACAAGAGCCAGACAGCCACAACACAAGAGCCAGGCAGCCACAACACAAGAGCCAGGCCGCCACAACACAAGAGCCAGGCCGCCACAACACAUGA